ACUUGGACGAGCUUAAAUUAAAAGGGGUGACGAUUGAUCAUCUACUUUAUAAAAUGUCAUUUUUCUCCCGUAAAAAGUAAAAAUUACAACAAAGUAUAUAUUUUUAAGACUAAUAUUGAAAUGCUAACAAUAUUUUGCCUAGUUUUGAUUUGAUAUUGUUUUUUGAUGAAAAAGAAUUUAGCCCUAGAAACUUAGCCCCCCUGCAAGUUGCAACGCCCCAAGAUGGCAGAAGUGUGUGGGAUGUGCAGAAAGUGUGGGAGUUUUGAAGUGUCUCUCCGACCACCUGCGGCCAUUAUCUGACGGUCAAACUUCUCACAGGUACCUCCACAGGUGAUACAGCAUCCAUGGCUGAUGGUGCUGCUGCAUCCGGACGUACCACCCCACCACCGGCCCCUCAGGAAUCUCCCCCACCCCAGGGGGAAAUCCCACCACCCCUGGGGAUGGCACAGCCUCAUAGCCCAGGUGUUUCAGCUCAACGGUCUUCUGUUGUUGAAACUCAAUCAGAAACGCAGUUCCUGGAGACAUCCAUGAAAAAAACAACCCCACCACCCCAAGGGGCAUCAUCACCACCCCCAGGGGCAAGGACAUUGCACAAAGAGACACCAUCACACCACAGGGCCAGACCACAGACCCAGGGGGUAACAGCACCACCCCAGGGGACAACACCACCACCCCAGGGGACAACACCACCACCCCAGGGGAUGACACCACUGCUGCAGAAGGGCAGCCCACCAUCCCAAGGCAUAACAACCCCACCCCAGGGGACUGUAACCCCAGGGGGCCAGGAGGAUGGCACGGUUAGAAGGAGCAAUCGAGCUGCUAUUGCACGAACUAAACAGGAGAUAAAGAAUGCUGUAGCCCAGCUGAGCAAGAUGGAGGGUCAAAACAAGAGGCCAAAAGAAUCCCCUGGUGGCAGCCAUGACAGUUUGAAGCGGAAGAGUCCACCUGAGGAGAGCGGAGAGGGGAGGAGCCAGGACAGGAAUCAUUCCAAAAGUGCCAAGAAGAAAAAGAAGCGACCGUCGUCUCCAUAUACCAAACCUCCCCCUCCAAUCAACCAGGACAAAGACUCCAGGAAUGACUUCUACUGUUGGCUGUGUCAUCGGGAGGGGUCGGUGUUGUGCUGUGAACUUUGCCCCCGGGUGUACCACACCCGCUGCCUCAAACUGACCCAGGAGCCUGAUGGAGACUGGGUCUGUCCUGCGUGUGAGAAAAUCAUGUCAGCAGAGUGUGUGGAUACCCAGUCCAAGGCCAUGGGGAUGGUGUCUGUAGAACAACUGUCCAAACUACUGCUGCACUCACUGCAGAGGAUGAAACAUUCAGGGGCCGAGCCAUUUCAGAACCCAGUAGACCCCGAACAGGCCCCAAACUACAGGGAGUACAUUUUCCAUCCUAUGGACCUCAGCACUCUGGAGAAGAACAUCAAGAAGAACAAGUAUGGGUGUACCCAGGCCUUCAUUGCUGACACCAAGUGGAUCCUGCACAACUGUAUCAUCUUCAAUGGCUCUAACAACAAGCUCACAACCAGUGCCAGGAUGAUUGUGAGGAUCUGUGAACAUGAGAUGUAUGAGAUUGAAGUGUGCCCAGACUGCUACACCUCGUCUUGUACCAAGAAGGACAACUGGUUCUGUGAACCAUGUAGAGAGCCCCAUAUCCUGGUAUGGGCAAAACUCAAAGGUUUCCCCUUCUGGCCGGCAAAGGUACUGCAGGAAGUUGAUGGGCAACUUGAUGUACGCUUUUUUGGGCAGCACGACAGAGCGUGGGUUCCUGUGGAAAACUGCUUCAUCAUGUCCGAGGAGAUCCCGUUUCCUGUCAAGAAACAGAAGGGGAGCUUCGACAACGCCGUCGCCGAAAUGAACAUCUACAUCGAGAACCUGCGUCGCAAGUUCGGCUCGUUUGAGUACGCGCCGUAUCGCUCUCCGUACGACAAGAGCCGCGUAUACACCCACAAUAAGGUCAGCCCCGUCAGCAACGCUCCCACGGGGAAGGUUCGGAAAAUAAAGGACGUCGCACGUAAACUCAACAAGUCGUCAAAACCGAACUUCGCCGCCAUGUUGGCAGUAAAGGCAGAGCCAGGCACGAGGAGCGAGUCGGCUUCGGAGCAAAGCCUGGUGUUGGAGGAGAUAGACUACGGAACGUACGCUAGCACGCCGAGUAGUAUCACCACGGCAUCCCCUCUGCCUAGCAUCGACUCUGCCGACCCUGUCAACGUGACGAGCCCCGGGUCCUACACCACAGAUGUCUCUAACGGCAAAGUUCCAACCGCUGAUUCUGAACCAUCAACAUUUGACAGCAUAGCUCCUCCCAAAAGUCCUCCUGACUUAACAGAAGUGAAACAUUCAUUUAGUAGUGUAGACACUUCAAUGAAACAGCCAACCAAUCCACAAGCUUCUACCAACGCCAGUAGUGUUUUGCAUGAACUCAAAGCAGAGACUCCAGCCAAUCAGAUAUCAGCUAGGCUAACAGACUUGAUAGCAAAACCGUCAUCAAAGUCGCCUAGCAACAAGGAGGCUUCCCAUAGCAACAAACCCGUUCUGCAUAGCAACAAAAGUUCCGUAGUUAAAGCACCAAGUAGUAAGGCACAACUGGACAUGCCCAAAACGUACAGCCAGAGUUUACUGGGAAUAAAGGCAGGGCUGGAUGGUACUGAGGGGAGCAGCAUGGCAUUGCCACUUGGGACUGGAGUAAAAACAGGAAUUCCUGCUUCAGAUGAGUUAGGUGGAGAGGAACCCCUGCCUGCAGUUUCCCCUCCUCUCAGCACUGCCAGAAAGAGCAGUUCUCUCCUACAGACUAUCGAGUCAUGUAAGGCCAAGCUCGGAAUAGACGAGGUUGGAGACCUACCGCCACCUGACGAUGACGGGGAAGACGGGGACUCCGAUAGCGAGUCCGACAGCGAAAGCGACGAAUCAGACAAGGACAGGGAAGAAAUGGAGGAUGAGGAGGAGGAUGGGGACCAAUCAGAACACAGGGAGCAACAUAGUGAGGAUGGGGAGAAUUUAGCUAAAAGGAGUUCUGAGUCAUCUGAUAGUGUAAAACAGAAAGGACUUACUGAUGAAAACGAAAGCAGAAAGAAACAGGACCAAAGUGUGAAAAAUGUUGAUGAGGAUAGAAAGUCUCCUGAACUUGAAAGUGACCAAGUGCUUCAGUCAGUAAAUCCACGAGAAGGAGAGGAGAAAAUGGAAGUCGAUCUUCCCAAGGGUGGGGAGAAGAUGGAUGUUGAUCCAAGUGCAGAUGGGGAGAAAGCUGACUCAGACAGUGGGGAGAGAAUGGAGGUUGAUCACACGUAUAGCAAGUCUGCAGAUGAAAAAGGUGAAGAUUCUCCCGACAUCGGACUGAGGCUGGACUGUGACUCAGAUUCUGACUCUCAUGACCUUGUCAUUGACCUUGGGGAGGAGUCAACCUCGCGGAAGAAAGAGAAAGAAAACAGGGAAGUUAAGCAGGAGAAACUGUCAAAGUGUGACACAGAGAGGGACCUGUCUCCUCCUGCGCUCAGUCCCGUCAGCGCUGUCACCGUUACCAUGGCAACCCAGGCACCCACCCUGCAGAAGGCCACGGUAACCACGGUUUCAACCUCAGACAAGGGGUCAAAGGACCCAGUGGUUAUGGACUCCCUGAGUAAGGAAUGGACCCAGCGACAGUUGAAGAGGUCCAGCCAGGAGUACCUCCAGAAACAGCUGACACAGAAGGACCCGCCCGCCAAAACAUCAGGUACCAUGACACUCAGGAGUGCAGCAAAGCCUGCACCAGCCCCUGCGACCAGCACCACCGCGCCCGUUUCUCAGACGUAUCCACGGUUCGUCCAGGUGUCAACAGGUACGCCCCAGAAGGUCCUUCUGGCAGUACAGCAGUCUGCUCACAGUCAGCCGGGCAUUGUGGGUCAGAGCCCAGUGGUGUCCUCGCCUCCUCCUGUAACAUCCUCAACUAGCUCCUCCUCUACUACCGCUACCACCACCACCACCACCAGCACAGAGAACACACAAACUGAUGACCUCAGCAAGUACACAGACAAGGUCGUAGAGGUGGUGAAGGGCACGUUCCAGCAGAUGUGGGCGGACCUUGGUCGCCGUGGCGAUAACCUAGCAACCGUGAAGCACCUUCAGCUGGAGGUGGAGAAGCUGAGCUGGAGACACAGACAGGAGAUGGCUGAGAUGAAACAUAACAUGGAGCUCACGAUGGCUGAGAUGAGACAGAGUCUGGAGCUGGAGAAACAGAGACUGAUCCAGGACCUGCGUAGGCAGUGUGAGGCCGACAAGAACAGAGCUGUGGAGGAGGCCAAGAAAAAACAAUGGUGUGCUUUCUGUGGAAAGGAGGCCAUUUUCUACUGUUGCUGGAACACCAGUUACUGUGACUACCCCUGCCAGCAAGCUCAUUGGCCAGUCCACAUGAACACCUGCAGCCAGUCCACCAAUAACAGCACAGCACAAGGUGGCACUGACCAAUCAGAGGGCACUAGUGGUGAGUCACCAACCAAUCAGGUGCGAGCAGCUGUCAGCAUCCAGCAGGCACCUACAGAUUCACAGGUCAAGGGUCAGGCUGGCUCCACCAAUGUGACGGAAUCGGAAUGGAGAGAAAAGGCGCGGGAGUCGCUCACCACCGUGCUGCAGCAACAGAAGAAAGAACAGGCAAAAGUUUCCUACACACAGGUCAGCCCCACUCACAUUUCCACAGGCACCAGCUUAGAGAAAGCCAGGGCAUGCCUCAGCUCCAUCUUGAAAGAGCAGGAAUCAGAACAGGCACUUGUUGUAAAAGAGAAGGUGAGCCAGCCAGGUGUGCAGGUGCGCUACAUCCAGCCAGCAGCUUCCCAGCCACAGGCCAUCCAGACCUUCACUAAUGUCCCACGUGGCAGCACCAUCAUUGUGCAGAGACCAUCCUCUGUAGCACAGGUGGUCCAGCCAGUGACGUCCAUCCCUGUUCUCUUGGAAAAGGAUUCCAGGAAGACUACAGCCCAAGUACUGCAGCCUGCAGGUGUCCUGCAGCCAGUGGCAGCAUUGCCUAGCAACAGCAGCAGCAGCUUCACCCUCCCCUCACAGUGAUGCUGUGUAUUGACCCCCCCUG